GCAAAAGAAGCCUGCCUGCCGAUAGCAACCAGCAGUACAGAUAUUCACACGGUUGCCAUUGGCAACACAGAUUGCAGGUAUCAAUGUGAUUUCAGGUGGCAGCACAGAUCACAAAGAUCAGCGUGGUGUCUGGAAACAGCAUGGAUCACAGAUAUCAGCUUUGGCUGCAGUAUGUAUGGAUCAUGGACAUCACCGUUGUUUCUGGCAGCAGCACUAAUGACGGAAAGACUCUUAUCAGGAGGCUUAACCCAGAAAACGAAACACCUUUCAUCUCAGGCAUCUUGUUGCUCAAAGUCAGGAUGACCGUGAAGGCAGCUGUGACCGGCUUGAAGAAGAGAAACAAACAAAAUAUUCUGAGCCUGGGACGGAUCAUCUGGCCCUGUUCACCAUAGGAGCCCAGCACAACCAGCAGAAAACAUGGUGGUAGACCUUCCCAGGUACCUUCCUCUCCUAUUGCUGCUUGAGCUGUGGGAGCCGAUGUAUCUACUUUGCUCUCAGCCUAAGGGUCUCUCCAGGGCACACUGGUUUGAAAUUCAGCACGUACAGACAAGUCGUCAACCAUGCAACACAGCCAUGCGCGGUGUCAACAAUUAUACCCAACACUGUAAACAGAUAAACACCUUUCUGCAUGAAUCUUUCCAGAAUGUGGCUGCUACCUGCAGUUUGCACAAUAUCACCUGCAAGAACGGUCGGAAGAACUGCCACGAGAGCGCAGAACCUGUCAAGAUGACUGACUGCUCACACACUGGAGGAGCCUAUCCUAACUGCCGCUAUAGUAGUGAUAAGCAAUACAAGUUCUUCAUUGUGGCCUGUGAACACCCAAAGAAGGAAGACCCUCCCUACCAACUAGUGCCUGUGCACUUAGAUAAGAUUGUGUGAGGCUAGGCCUUUUCUUCUGUUUGAUACAGGUUCUCUUACAGUUUAUUCCACUUUGCCUUCUGUUCCCACAGAAAAGGGAAGGUGUUGGAAGAAUUAAGAUGCCUACGCUAUCAAAACGGAGCUUAAAAAAAAAGAGUGCAUGGGUUAUGAUGGAGCUCCGUCAAUGAGCACUUGCUUAGUGCACAGAGGUCCCUGGGUUCUAUCAUCAUACUACCCCCCACCAAAAUAGAAAGAAAGAAGAUUAUUUUCUGCUCUGGGGUUACCUUUGUUGAAGGAGGAAUAUAAGAAAAGUAUAAAGAAGGACCAAGCCGCUGAACAAUUUAUCCUGCAAUUUUUUGGGUCAAGCUUUAUUGUACAAUGCUCAUAGGCAGAAAAAAAUUUCUUUUUUUAAUAGAAUGAGUGUUAUUUUUCUGGGUUGUUUGUUUGUUGUUUUUUGACAGGGUCUGAUUUGGUCAGGGUGGGCUCAGCGUCGCUAUGUAACCAAGAGUGGUUAUCAACUCUUAUUAAAUCCUGUUAUCAUCUCUUACACUUCCAUUCUUGCUCAGUCCCUAGCUUCCCUACCCUCCUACUGUGUGAGGUUCAUGUUCCCAAAGCAGGAAAGGGGGAGGGUCACUGGGGGCCAGGAGGCUGGAGAGAUUUUGAGGACUCACAAUCAUCUUUCACUCCAGCCUAAAGCCACCAGGCAAGCAGCCACCAGCAGGCACCAGGCACAUACUGGCUACACACAAGCCACGUGGAGAUAGGCAUGUUGGGAACAAGCAAAAGAAACUUAGAUUCUAAGUAUUACUGUUUCAUUUUUACACUCCAUUUAAUCACAGAGAAAAAAGAAAUUCAUGAUCCCAAGCCCUAAGGGAGCUGGGGACUUCCCAAUAGACGAGUAGGUCUUACUAUAAGGAAACAGUUGUCUGAAUCCCAACAUCUCAGGGACAACUUGGAAAGGAGUGUAGCCGCCCACAGCUGUACGAACCAGGUUCCCGAAAGGGAGGCUGGGGCUGCAUGGGAGAAAAUAUCCAGAGAAAUAACGAGACCAAGACAAAGAUAAUGAUCAAGGCCCAAAGUUUACUUAAGAGUCUGAGCUUAUAAAGGGGGAAGGCUCAUCCCUGGCCACGCCAGGCUCUUGUUGCUUUGUCACCAGGCUGUUGCUUACUUAGGAAUGUCUCAGGUUCAGGUUCAGCCUCUCAGCCAGUGGCUGUGUCUUGGAGAAAACCCGCAGAGGUGGCAGAACAAUAGACCUAUCUAGGUCAGAAGGCUCCACUCUAGGUGGUCUUGCUCACAGUGGCAGAACAGGUCUGAGCCGGCUGCUCAAGGCUGGGGGAGACUACAGAGGAGCAGUUGUCUGAGUAGAGACAGCUUCUCCAUCUUGCUGGAAGGGUUGAACCAGGAUCCUGUUUCCAGGCCCAGGAACCUACUCCUAACAUGAUUGGUGAAAACUCCCUGGCUCACAUCCCUUUUACCAAAAUAUGAUUGGAGAGUGCAAUACAGCCCACCCUGAAGUUCAGUUCCCAAGUCUGUUCUGUGGCCCUAAUCAAUCAGUAGCAGCUUGAUUGCAAUAAAAUUUUGUCAUUUGCAUUGA